GGCGGAGCAGAGGAAAGGCAAAGGCCAAAGAGCGCCCGAAAAGGAGAAAAAGCGUGCGAAAAUCUCAUCACUCCGUCAGUCUACUACUCCCUUGGACCAUUUAAAGCCCCGUUCCCACCUGCGAAUCCGCCCCACAAGCACAACUCCUCCGUCCUCCGCUGCCCUGAUCGAGCUUAAUAAAGCUUUUCCUCUGCUCUCCCCACCUACGCUACGCUGUGCCCCGUCCUAGUGUUCUCUGUUUCUGUUUCCACCGGCCGAAUUUGGUGGCGUUUUCUUCGUCCCUUCUUCCGGCGAGGCCGCGGGCGGGCAGUUUUCGCGUUUCUGGCUGCCGUGCGGUGUUUUGCUCUGAAUUUGUUUGCUCCGGCGGCUGUCCUGAUCUGUCGCUCGCUGAAUUCGCAGAAAAAGCUAGCCUUUUCGCCCCCCUUGCGGCAACGGUUGUCUCGUGCUGACCCUCCUAGCUAAACCCCUUCCUGGCGAUCACGGUUCAGCGGCCGGCUGGAAAUAUCUCUCUCUGUCUUGAUCUGUGGAAGUCGGUGGGAGUUGGUGGUGGUGCCGUCGAGGUCAAUCCCGAGUUGAUCUUGACCUGUGCCGUGCUCGGCCCGUGAGCGACGAGACGGCGCCUUUAGGUUUUUAGGUGAAGGGCUCAGUCGAUUUUCUGUCGAUUCUUUUUGUUCCCCCUCUGUUCGUUCCUCCAAUGCGGGAGUGGGGAGCUUAACUUGAUCCGCCCGGUGAGCUCGGCGUAUGGUAAAAGGUGGUGUUUAGUGCUAGUGCUGCGCUGCGCCGCCGGCAUGGGCUGCGUUGCGUCCAAGAACACCGUCUCGGUCACGCCGGCGGUCGACUCAUCCGGCGCGCUCCGGGACAGGAGGCUGCCGCGCGCGCCGGAGCCGGAGCCAGCUGCGGCGGCGGUCUCCGUCUCCGCCUCCUCCCUGCGCGGCUCGGCGGCGGCGGCGGGGUUGUUGGAGAAGAAGGACGACGCGGAGGAGCAGGGCAAGGCUGUCGUCGCCGUGGCGGCCGCGUCCCGAAGCUUCCGGCUGCGGAGCCUCCGUAAGAGCCUGGAGGGGGAGCAGGUGGCGGCUGGGUGGCCGUCAUGGCUCAGCGCCGUUGCCGGGGAGGCCAUCCAGGGGUGGAUCCCCCUCAAAGCCGACGCCUUCGAGAAGCUUGAGAAGGUUGGGCAAGGCACAUACAGCAGUGUAUUUAGGGCACGUGAUCUUGAUACUGGAAAGAUUGUUGCACUGAAGAAGGUGAGGUUCGACAAUUUUGAGCCUGAGAGUGUUAGAUUCAUGGCAAGGGAGAUACAAAUAUUGAGAAGGCUUGACCAUCCAAAUGUCAUGAAACUGGAAGGCUUGAUUACUUCACGGUUAUCUUGUAGCCUUUAUCUAGUAUUUGAAUACAUGGAGCAUGAUCUUGCUGGACUUUCUUCCUCCCCUGACAUCAAGUUCAGUGAAGCACAAGUUAAGUGUUACAUGAACCAGUUACUGUCAGGACUGGAGCAUUGCCAUUCUCGUCGCGUUGUUCACCGUGACAUCAAGGGUGCUAAUCUCCUUGUGAAUAAUGAAGGAGUUCUAAAAAUAGCUGAUUUUGGUCUUGCUAAUUACUUCGAUCCAAGUAAAAACCAUCCUCUGACCAGCCGGGUUGUUACACUAUGGUACCGACCACCUGAACUGUUACUAGGUUCAACUCACUAUGAUUCGGCCGUUGAUUUGUGGAGCGUUGGAUGUGUAUUUGCUGAGAUUCUCCGUGGGAAACCGAUCUUGCAGGGAAGAACUGAGGUGGAGCAAUUGCAUAAGAUUUUUAAGUUAUGUGGCUCCCCUGCUGAUGAGUACUGGAAGAAGUCAAAAUUGCCUCAUGCAACAAUAUUUAAACCGCACUGUCCUUAUCUAAGUACUCUUCGAGAUGUUUUUAAAGAGGUACCGGAGAAUGCACUGAGUUUACUAGAAACUCUUUUGUCGGUGGAGCCAUACAAGCGUGGUACUGCAUCGUGUGCUCUUACAUCUGAGUUUUUCAAGACGAGACCUUAUGCAUGCGAACCUUCAAGCUUGCCUCAGUAUGCACCCAACAAGGAGAUGGAUGCAAAAUUGCGAGAAGAGUCACACAGAAGAAAGGCCAGUAGCAGAGGGCAUGGGCCAGAAGCAUCAAGGAAGUCAUCAAGGCUAAGCAGGGCAGCAAGAGAACAAAGUGCAGUCAAUAAGCAAUCUGAUAAGACGGAGGAAUCCAAAACUAAAGCAAAUGUUACCAAGGAUGGUGCAACACUGGAUCGUGUGAACGUAAAUGGUGAUUCUAAGAUACUCACAGACAUACAACCAGUGUCAACGGCCCAAGUUAAAGAAAGAGCUCGUCAUCUUAAGAACGAUUCACAGGAAGACAUCCCUUUCUCCGGGCCCUUGAUUGUUUCUUCAUCCAGUGGCUUUGCAUGGGCCAAAAAACAAGAGGGGCAUUCUUUUGGUGGUUCAAGGAACAGAUCGAGUUCAAGAGAGCAAUUUACGGUUGAGUUAGACCAGGACAAGAAGCUACAAGCUAAAGAGAGCAUUGGCUUCAAGGAACAACACAACAGAGAUACACAAAUAGCACGUGCGAACUCCAAAUCCCGAGAGCCUCACGAGGUAGCAAAGCGUGCAGUUCUGAAGAAGUGGUCACAGUUAGAGCGUCCAGAUUCAUUUGAUUCUUGUGACACUUACCACUCUCAGAACUUUUCGAAUGCAAUAUAUCUUGGGGAUGCCCUCUCGUCAAAAAAUAGCAUGAAGGAUGACCACAAUCAUGGGGAGAGGGUUGAAUAUUCAGGCCCUUUAUUGUCUCAGUCCCACAAGGUUGAUCAAUUGUUAGAGAAACAUGAGCGUCACAUCCGGCAAGUAGUCCGAAAAUCAUGGUUCAGGAGAGGAAGGAAGCAAGACAAGUGAGAUGAAAAGCCUGACUAUUUUUCCAUCAUUGGAGGAGCAGGCGCGCCAGGUACAUAGCAACGAGUGCCGGCGUGCUGUCGGAAGUCUGAACCAGGAACUGUCAUGUUCGUCUCAGAUGCUUAAACUCCAGCGUGUGCUAUGUCAUAGUAUCUUGUCGUCUCAUCAGUUCUCCACCUUCGUUAUACCUAGGAAAUAGGAAUAACAGCUGACGAGUGUAGUUAAUCCGGAGGAAACGAUGACUCGAACCAGUCAGCCGUCCGUGUAGUUAGCUGAAUCAAUAACAAGCACAGGCCAUGGUGCCAUGAUUCCUGUAUAGCUAGCCUCUGUAAAGAAAAUAGCAAUUCAAAUCGAUGACUACUGAUUUAAUGUACCUCUCAGUGCUCUCACGACCUGGUGACGAUCGAACCGCUCUGAUCAGUCAAAAUGACGGGAUAUAUAUCUCAUCAUAA